GGCGGGGCAGGAGGACCACGGGGGCGGGACCACCUCGAGUGUGGGUGAUGAACAAAAGCUGCGUACUAGCCACGGCACGCCGUCGACGCCGAGGCCGACCGUCAAACGGCGCAAGGUAGCCACCACGGCCACGCCGGAGAAGAAAACCAAGCUGCGACUGCUGGUGGACGGGAAGCCCACUCGUAUGCAUUGCAAAAGUAUCGUACUCGUAUAAAUGCAUUACAAAUUUCCUCAACGUGAGAGAUGUAGUGCGGAUUUGCCUAAAGAAAAAGAUUUGCAUAUGCAUGAUUGCAAUACGAAUACGCUACUUUUGCACAGGAUAACGCGGCUCGGACAGCAGCUCGCGCUCGACAUUUCGCCGCAGGACCUAUCAAAUGCAAAAAUGUCUGGGUCUGGAAGAAUGCAAGAUUUGUCAUGCAGAUUUCUCAUGAUCCAUGAUGCCUAUAAUGCAUGACUAAGCAUCACAGACUUUUAGAGGGCUUACUGAUGCCCCUUCCGCAUGAAAAAUGCCCUGUCCGUGUAGCACAAACCGGACACCUCUUGCUGGUCUUGCACUUUUAGAGUCCAAAAACAUCAUGACAAGUUGCACUCUUCCAGACCCAGACAUUUUUGCAUUUGAUAGGACCUGCCGGGCCGCAAAAUUCGCCGGGUGGGCUUUCGCCCCCGGGGAAACCGGAUCCGGAUCCCCAUCAAUCUGAACGGCCCCAGCUCAGGCAUCGUGGAGGACCCGGAGAAUGUGUAUCACACCACCACCACUACCACCACUACCACCACCACCGCCUCCUGUGUGGAAAACGACGUCCUGACAUACGGGGCGGACGCCGCAAACUACCGUGGCUGCCAGACGCGCACCAUAGAAGGCCAUCUCUGCCAGAAAUGGUCGACGCAGUCACCGCACACGCACAACUACGGUGGAACCACGGACCACGGGUUGGGAGAUCACAACUACUGCCGCAGUCCCCCGGCCGCGAACGUGCCAACCAUCUUCUGCUACACUGCAGAUCCCAAUCACAGGUUCGGUACUUGUACUACCCUGACCACGACAACAACGGCAUCCUGA